UUCACCUCCUGUCCAUCAGGGGCGCACAUACACACACAAACACACAGAGUCGACCCACGAGUCAAAAUAACGUUGUGAGCACUGAUGACCAACAUGGCGACGCCUAUGCAUCGAUUAAUCGCUCGCAGACAAGCGGAGGCGAAUAAGCAGCAUGUUCGGUGUCAGAAGUGUCUGGAACACGGCCACUGGUCCUACGAGUGCACUGGGAAAAGAAAAUACCUGUACAGACCUUCCAGAACCGCCGAGCUGAAGAAGAAGCUGAAGGAUAACUCCGAUAAAGCAGCCAGUGCUCCUGGAGAUGGACCCGUGGUGCUGAGUGAGAAGAAAACCAAGAAAAAAAGGUCUAAAUCAUCGAGCAGUUCCAGCAGCAGCAGCAGUGACUCGGAGAGCUCCACCAGCGACUCGUCAGACAGCGCUGACUCGUCCAGCUUGUCCUCCUCCGAUGAUGAAGACAGCAGCAGUGACAGUGAGGACACAUCCAGCUCUUCCUUGUCCUCGUCCUCCUCUUCCUCCAGCUCUGACUCAGACUCGUCCAGUGGUAACAGUUCAGACCAGGGUCCUCCCAAGAAGAAGAAAAAGAAGAAAUAAAGCCCUGACCCGGGUGUGUUUCCAGUCUUCAGUUGUUUUAUGGAACUCUGAUUGUGUCUUUGGGGAAAGAAACCCUUUUUUUUAAAUCCAUCACUUUUCCUUUCCUGAGUUUACUGAAGAGGUGCUGCUGUGAUCAGGACAAAGACUGGCGUCCUUUCGCUUCAUCUGCGGGGAAGGAAACCAAAUUAAGAGAUCCGAUAAAUACUGUUAUAACUAAUUGUUACUACCAGAGAAAUGUUCCUUAAAUCUUUACCCUGUUUUUACUCUUUAUUCUUCUGUUUUUAUUUCUUUUCUUUGGUAGAUUUCUGUUUGUGGUAGAUGUUUUUCCUGGAAACAAACCUGCAGAUUGUUUUAUUUCAAUCUUUAUGAUGAAUAUCUGAGGUGUGUGUGUGUGUGUGUGUGUGUGUGUGUGUGUGUGUGUGUGUGUGAGUGAGAGACAGAGACAGAGACAGAUCGCUGAUGAGACCAUCUGAAAAACUGUAUGCAGCUUUUUUUUUUGUUGUUACACAGGAACUUUUUUCAGCUCACAGACGGAAAUCCUGACUGUUUGGUUACGAAACUGAAGAAACUCCACAUCUUUUUAUUUUUGUUGUUGGAAUCAAUUGAGAUGAAAUUAAAGAAUGUAUUUGUCGCA